AGAAACGAAAAAAUGUAACAACGUUAGUUGUACCUAAGUCCCGUAUAAUUGAAGCCCAACGCGCUGGUGCUCGAUAAAACGCCAUGCCCGCAUCUUCGUAAGGGCGUUUAGUUUCUACCUGUUGCGCCGUUUUCCGUGCCGGAUACAACUGCCGUAGUAGUUUCGAAAGCGCAGGGUGGAGUAGAGAUGGAUUUCGACUAUGCACUGCAAAUAUGUCUGGGUCUGGAAAGUUGGAAUGUUAAAAAGGAAUGGCAGACGCACUGCAAUACGCAGCUAUGCAUGACAAAUUUUUUGGCUGCCAUGUGUUACGUAUCACGCAUGGCACACUGCGUUCUUGCGUGACAGGUAAGAGUCCCUUUGCGUGCCUAUGCAACACAGACUCUCGAGUCAUGCCAGACAAGCAUGACAAAACUGCACUCUUUCAGACCCAGACAUAUUUGCAUUUGAUAUCGACUUUUCGCGCACGAUGGACUCGACCUUCGAGUCGUCGGUCUGGAGCGAGCUGCCGUAUCCUGAGUAAAAACGUCCCCACCCCAUAGUUGUCAUGCAGAUUUGCGACUACAGGAAGAUUUGUAUAUGCGCAUCUCCAUGAGAGGCAUUUCCAAUCGCGUUUUGGGAUUUGUAAUGCUGUGAACGGGAUGAGCAGAUGGAUUUGUGAUGCGGCUGCACUUGCUAAACUGCACCACACUAAGGACUGGAAUUUGUCAUGCGUUGCUCCCAAAGCUUCUGGGUUUCUGUUGCUACGUUCCCAACUUGACUAUGGGGUGGGAGCGGUUUUACAUAUGAUAUGCCGCCGAUUGACCUCAAGAUGCGGGGUUGGCACCUCUCCGACGAUCCUGCUUGGGGGACGAGUAGGAACGAGGCCAUGCGAAAAACCGCGAUUAAGCCUUCCGUAUUCCAACAAGUGGCACAGGUACUUAUGUUUAAACUAAAGGUUGUUAGAUCGAAGACGUUUGUGCGUCGAUCUUCGGAAAGAAAAAGAGUCCUCAACAGGGAUGGAGAGCCUAUGCUACAGUAAGUACAUGAAAAAGACUUUGAAAAUGAAAAUCUUCUUUCCGAUCAACUCUAAAAUCAGUCUUCUUCCUCGACGAGACGGGGGUCGCGCUCGCCACCGGGAGGUCGACAGAAGUCCCCGGAUUUUGUGGACACCAGCAAGGAAGCCUCCGUAAAGUACGACAAUCUAAUGGCCGCGGACAUGGUAGACGACCCCUCUAGCUUGCGGCGAUACCAGCUCAUACCUGAUCCGACCCGGAAGCGGCGCUUUCCGCCGAAAUCGCCAAAGCACCGGACUCCCAGGUUCGUCGUCUUUGGAAAACCAGUUCUUGCGCGGAUUUCUUUUCUUUGACAGUGUGGAACAUGAAAGUGAAACUACAGUAGCUCCUGGCACACUUCGAGACAAAAAAAAAACUGCCAUCAACCGCAUAAUAUUACAGUGACUUCCUGAACUACAAGAAGUUUCAGGACACGCUGCGCCGCAACAACCGAAGCACGCAGCUCACUGACACGAGCGUGGAUUCGGUGUUUUCCACUUCGCCUGGCCCCCUCGUGGAGGAGCGCGCCUACACGAUUCACCCGGCGGAUACGUAUCCCGGCGAGGUUCACGGGAGCGGAGGGCGGAAGUCGUUGCAACGGAAAAAAACCUUAUGGAUUGCAAAUAUGUCUCGGUCUGGAAACUUGUAUUGCUAAAAGCGAAUGAUAGACGCACUGCAAUACGCAGCUAUGCAUGACAAACUUUCUGGCUACCAUGCCUUACGUAUUCCGCAUGGCACGCUGCGUUUUUGCAUGACAGGCAAGAGGGCCUUUUCGUGCCUAUGCAACACAGAUUCUCGAGUCAUGCCAGACAAGCAUGACAAACUUGCACUCUUCCAGACCCAGAAACUUUUGCAUUUGAUAAACCUUUGCCAGCUACAACACCGACUUGCAAGGCGAGGACGUUGGAAACCGAGGUACCGCUCUUGGUUUUUCGAUCUUUUUCAUGUUGAGCGUACUGCUUUUUCAACAUCAGGGUUGUCGACACCACGCGCCUAUCUACUUUCUCAGCUGCAUUUUGGUUGCUUAUUGGUUUAAAGUUAGUCUCGCAUCAUCAUCACCCCUCUACAUUUCAGACCCGCAGCGUAUGCUUCCACCGAAGAAAAAAUACGAGAAGGAACUUCUGUCCUCGACGGAGAGUAGUUACGUUGCACGUGCAAACGCGUCAGAGCGUCUCAAGCAAUCGUAUCGAUACUUCUUUCUUAUUUGAGUUUGUCAACAUAAGGUACAAAUACAAGACCACGAAACAUGAAAUGGAGUGUUAUAGACUGAAUACUUCUGUAUAGUACCCGCAUCCAUUUGAGUCUCGUUUUGUAGUUGCCACGCUGACGUGCAACAGGUACGAUCCGACACGCAAGCGGUCUCCGCGGGCGUCGCCGCUGGCGGGGCCAAUCGACUAUUCCAAGAUCGUACGAAAUAUUCCGGACGGCAAGCCGACGGUGGAUGAGCAACAACAGAUGAUUGACCAAAUGAUUCGGGAAGCGGAGGAAGCGAACCGGCGCGCCAACGAGGACCCCCGAGCCGUCUCCAACGCGAUGCCAGGUCCCCCGCCGGUGAAGCGAAAGCAGAAAACGCAGCAAGAGAUUGUGCGGAUGGGUAUGUUCGGGAACGACAAGGCCGGCCGCGCGAAAGCGGAACGCCACGUGAAGGCCGCCGUGCUCGGGGAAAGUAAGCAGGGCUCAUCGUCUGCGGCGUCCGCGAAGACGGGUGGGGGAGCCUCGUCUUCUUCCUCCGAGUCGAAAACCGUGACGCGUUCGCCCUCUGCAGUGCCCGUGACCACUACAUCAAGUACUUCUAAAUCGGAGAAGAAAAUAGUAACCUCCGGAACAUCAGCUGCUUCCAGUGCAGCUGCCUCCGCACCGAAAAGCAAAAAAAGCGAACGCAAAAGCAGGAGAAUAGCGGAGCCGGAAGAUGUUUUGACCGUGAUAUCCAGCGAGGUUGCCAGUGACGUCAUGGCGGACGUGUUCGGCGCGGUGGAAACGGUGCUCAAGCCCGAGGAGCCCGAGCCCAUGACUCGCAACCCUCUGAUAGAAUUGAUAACCGGAAAACCUCCCCGAAGGCUUUCGAGGGGUGGCAGCGCGGGAAUUUCGCAAACGGGCCGCGCGUGGACGCGUGGGCCACAAGGGGCCCGCCUUCCGUCUGGGGCAGUUUCUUUUUGAGAAACAACCUGCCAACAUUCCGUCCAACAAUAGGGGCAAGGCCCUUGCUUUCUGACUUCCGACAAAUCUUCAUCGUUGAAAAGUGAGAAGCUACGGACUUCUCACUGCGUUUCCACUGGUCUUCUAGAAAAGGAGUGAAAAGUCAGCGACUUCUCGUUUCUGAAGCAUUUUCAUUCUGGAAAAGUGAGAAAUCAGUGAUUCAUUUGUCACUUCUGAAAAGUUUUCAUGUUGAAAAGCGAGAAGUCGCUCCGCUGACUUCUGAAAAGUUUUCAUUUGGGAAAAGUGAGAAAUCAGUGAUUUCUCACUCGGUUUCUCGAACAAUCCGAGAAAUGGAGUGGGAAAAAUGUGAUUUCUCACUUUGCAAGACUCUCACUCUGGUCGGAGUCGCGUUGACUCUUCCCAGAGUGAGAAUUUUUCAAAAGUGAGAAAUCAGUGACUUCUCACUACUUUUCUCGAAGGUACCCGAGCGCCAAAUUUCUUCGGGGCUCGGGUACCUUCGAGAAAAGUAGUGAGAAAUCACUGAUUUCUCACUUUUGAAAAAUUCUCACUCUGGAGUCGGACUCCAAAAAGGUUUCCAGCCGUCAAGAUUUCGCGAGAGUGAGAAAUCACUGAUUUCUCACUUCUUUUCUCUAAGCCUUUCGGGAUGUGUAGGCGACUUCUCACUCCGAGUGAAAAAGCCAGUGAGCUUUAACUUGGUUUUUUGAAUGUCUUCGGGAGGCAGCGCGAAAGCUCGCUGCGUGCGAAAAGUUAAUGGAAUGUCAUUCCCCCACUUCUCCAGCCUAUUCGUAAAAUGUAGCCAAUAGGAGCGGACUUUUUACUCCCUUCCUGAGGGGACCUCUGGGCGAGCCCGAAGUGCAAAGCCAGCGCGCUUUCGCUUUUGUUGUCAGCGCGCUCGCAAAGUCAGCCGGCUUUGAUUGGGGGGGGAUUUGUUUUGUGCCGUCGAUCUUCGUGCUGCUGCAGAGGUUUGCGAAGCUUCAAAAGAACUACUAACUUACACUAGCGCGCCAAACUGAUCGACUUGGCGCGGAUUCUGUUUCUCGAAGGCGUCCGGAGAAAUUUUCCGGCGAAAAGGAGGGGGCUUUUGCGAGUCAUGGCGGACGUGUUCGGCGCGGUGGAAACGGUGCUCAAGCCCGAGGAGCCCGAGUCUGCGCCGACGUUGGAGGGCAUCAAUGCGCUGCUGCCGCCCUCCGAGCGCUUCACCUUUGGAGGGUCAAGCUCGUCUUCAGCAGCUUCCUCUGAUGAACUCGAGAACUACGAGCUGCAGCCAGAAGUGCAGCGACAGACAGGGAAGAUCACCAGCCAAGUAGAAGGAUCCGGUAUAGUCCAGUCUUCAACAACAAAGCCGCUGCAAAAGAAUCAGGUCGUGCCACUUCUGGCAGCUGACCCGCUCGACCCGUUGCAGGCGAGCAAAACGAGCACCGACUUGCCCACGAUCGUGGCUAUUUCCGAAGACGUGGAGUACUACCAGGAGGGGGAUGACGGAGAACUAGAGGAAGAGAAACGCGAACUGCCCAAGUCCACCACCGAGCCCGGGCCCGGGCACUACAACGUGAAGCCGAUGUGGAACCAGGAUGGCCCGACCUGGAGCAUGGCGCCGUGCCCGGCCCGGGAGCUGCUCCGACAGGGGGCCACCAACUGGCUGCUGAAGCCCAGCUUCGACCUGGGCAACCCGGGACCGGGCCAGUACGGCGACGUGGCGGGCAACAAGAUCCCCUCGAAAGCGACCAUCUACAUGGGGAUGAAGCCCGAGUUGUGGAAGCCGGAGGUGAACGACCCCCAGAUUCCCACCUCCACGCACCUCUACAAACCCGGCGGCCCCUAUUUCACCAUCAAGGGCAAGUUACCGGCCAUGAAGUCGUCCGUGACCUUCAGCUUUGAGUACCGCCCGGGGAAGGAGUUCUACGACAAUAGCAAGGUAGCGUUCGAUCAUCGGGAGUUCUUGGAUGAGUUCGGGUCCUACUACAGCCUGGAUCUGUCGAAGGAAGCGAGCCGGUUCCUCUCGCCGGAGAAAACCCGCCGCAAGUUGACCGCCAGCGAAAUGGAGCAGGUCCGGAAGAUGGAGGCCCGGGCGCAAGAACGGGUCCGCCACCUGAUGGAGGUGGAUGUUGCGGGGGAGAGUGGAUCAGCAUCUCGGAUGCUCGAGGCGGGUUCGUCCACCAUGCCCGCCGGAGCCGCGAAUUUGUCCAUUGAGGGCACCGUGGGGAGUAGUUCUAUCGCAACAGAACAAACCCUCAAUAACCUGGCGUCCUCCGCGGAACUACUCCGUGGUACGAGCACGAUGAAUCCGGUCGGAUUCAGCAAAAACGCAACUUCUUUGGAGGACGAAACGCGGGAGCCCGAGGCUUCGGCGACCACCUCAAGGGCGCUUUAUGACACCUCGAUCGACAGCCUGGAGUCCAACACGUCUUUGAUGUUCCCACCCACGACACGCAUAGACCAGCUUCGCAAGGAGCACUACAUGAAGACGAGGUACUUGUUUGAAAGAACGACCCAUUUAUUGGGGACUCCAAGUUGCAGCUGUGUUGGGCAGACAUAGUGCAACUUUUUUUUUUGCAUAAAUUACAGGCUUGAGAGUAGAGAGAGUGGAUGAAGUUUCUGUUCCGAUAUUAAAGUAGAACAAAUCGUGUACACAGUAUAAUUUAUUUCUCUUUCCACCGACCUACGAAAAGGUAUAAGCCUCCGUCGUACACGCAAAUUGGGUUGACGGCCCGGAACCUCGACCGGUACUCCAUCGCGGGGAACGACAAGCGCACAACCAGUUUCAACACGCGGCCGACCAAAAAGCGGAUGGACGCGGACCAGACCAACUGGUACGUGCAGAGCAGCGACUGCCUCAUCUCCGCCGGCCUGCGGUACGCCCACCCGAACAAUUGGGUCGCGGACCCAAAGAAGGGCUUCACCCUCCUCGGCCGCGACGAGAAACCGUUUGCGCUCCCGACCGCGGGAAAAGAGGUGCCGCUGCGCGACAUGGGAAAGUACAACAGCCGCACCACGAGAACGAAGUCCAACGGCUUCUCGUGGGGAGCCUCGUCGAGGUUCGGCGGCCUGUACUGCUAGAAGAUGAACGGCGCAGGAGGACUAACUUCGCGCGGAAUGGAUGCUAAGAUUAGGAAAGUGACAAAGGGGUCAUCCGAUAUCUGAAUAUCACCGUAUUUCGUUUAGUAUUCAAUUAAUGAACAAUGAGGAUGAGCUGCUGAAUAACCUCUUUAAUGCAGAAAAUGUCAAUUAUCGAUGUAGAUGUACUACUGCACUGUCGCCUAUACUAUUUCUGAACUGGUCAAAAGAAUAUCGAGCAACCGCUCGCUGCGCGAUAUUUCUGUCCUUGUACAAAUACGAAUGACGACAGAGCUGCGGAAAAGUGUAGCGGUGCCGCUUUUUUGCCCCUGUAGGAUGGAGUGCGAUUUCAACGUAUCACGACAGACAGAAAAAAGCGUUCGCCAUGAAGGUCUCGACGACCACUCCGCCUAUGAAGUUUAUUUUGUUUUUGAUACACGUCGCGUGCUGUUCGCAAUAUUUACCCUGGAAGGUCUGAGGCAGAUGUUGCAUGGUGCCGGCUGUUGCUACCGGCAGAGCCCUGCGGAGGAACGUCUGCCGAGG